AUGUUUAAAAAUGAAGGCAUCCUAAAAUAUUAUCAGCUGUUUAAAUUUUAAAUGAUAAAGAUAGAAAUGCACAUUGAAUAUGUUGUGAAAUUGAAAGAUCUAAUUCUUAAUGAUGAAGACAUACUAUUCGUUUGCGGUAACUGUAAAGAAUUGGGAUAUUGGGACCCUUCAAACGCUUAUAAAUUAAAUAAAAAAUAUAAUAAUCAAGGAAUUGAACAAUGGUCAGGAAAAAUUAAUAUCCUUAUUAAGGAUACUAUUCAAUAUCGAUACUUUGUUGCUUCCCUAGUAACCAGUGCUGAUAUCAAGGAGAACAAUUUUAUCAUUAAAUAUUGGGAAAAUGGAUCCAUUUCAAGAGUAUAUGACCCAAAUAGCAACAUAAGAAUAAUAAAUGAUGUUUUUGGAUUUUGCAAUGGUGAAAAGAUUAUAGAUAUGGGGUGGUUAUUAUUAGAUACACUCACACAAAUCACCAUUAAAAACUUGCACAUUUCUGAAAUUGUUGGUAAUAAGUUUGAAAUCUGCCCUAAUUCAUACUUUAUUAAACUAUCUCAAACAAAUUUAAACAAUAUUGAUAAAGGGAUAAUAAAUGAUCAUAAUAUACUAAUACAGUCGCUCGACCAAAAUGAGACACAUAAUAUUAAACAAUCCAAAUAUGGGAAGCAUUACAACAACGGACAAUAUUUCACUUACCAGAUCAGAUCUUUUCCAUACUUAAAAAAGAAUUACCUAACCUUUACCAUCUACAACAUUCCUAAACACCAUACGGAUUUGAUAUCCAAUGAUUUGUAUCAAGUGGCUAUUUCCACUCCUUUCGAUAUAGAUUCAUAUCAUUCAAUUUACCCAAUAACUAAUAAUGCCCACACAAUCCAAUCAGGAAGUAAACAGACAAUUUUUGAUACAGAAAAUUGCCCUUCUCGUGGCAGCAAAAAGUUGUUACUUUACGAAUCAGAUUGUCUUAACAGAAGUUCGAAAAAAGGGGAUGAUCUAAAUGGUGUAUCAAAAAUAUUAUCUUCCGUCAUUGGAUACAUUGAAUUUGAAUAUUUGGUCGUUAAACCAACUCUAUUUAUCAAAGAAUUGAAUCUGAUGAACUCUUUCAACAAAAAACUCGACAUAAAUGAUUUAGACGUUGGGCACAGGGGAAUGGGUCAGUCUUUCAGAACAAAAAAUCCUGCGUUAUUGAUGGAGAAUACAAUCGCUUCACUAAUGUGCGCUUACGAAAAAGGUUCGAAUUUCGUUGAAUUCGAUGUACAAUUGACAAAAGAUCAAAUUCCAUUUCUGUAUCAUGAUUUUAACGUAGUCAUUAGUAUCCUAAAAAAUCCUCCUAACUUUAAUGAUGGCGCUACUUUUUAUGAAGAUUUUAUUAAAAUAGGAACGCAUCAAACUACUUUGCAUCAAUUAAAAACUUGGCAGCUUCACCACGAAACCUUGUUGGAUAAACAAACUCAAAAUCUUCACCCAAAUUCUUUUACCAACUUAAUCAAUAACUCAGAAGAUUCAAAUUGUUCAGAUAAUUCUAGUCUUUCUUAUACUAUUAAUCAAUCUCCUAAUAAGAUAGAUUCCAAUCAAUAUUCAAAAUCUUAUUCCGAUGCUCUAAAAAAAUCCACUCUUCUUCCCAGCGAAAAUUUAUCCGUUCCCGAUGAUAAUGAAAUUAUAAAUUUAUUGCGAAAAGAGGAACAAAUUGCAUUCAAUGACAAUAAAAAGGAAGAUAUUAAAAAGGGCGAAAACGAAAUUAGUCAAAAUUUAAAGAGCCAGUUUAACGUAUUCCCAACAUUGAAGGAUGUCAUGGAAAAGCUUGAUGUAAACUUAGGAUUUAACGUAGAAUUAAAGUACCCACUAUUAUUUGAAGACAAUACGCAUGAAAGUAUAGAUGGACAAUACCUGGAUUUAAAUAUUUAUUGCGAUGCAAUUUUAACGACCCUUUUCGACUCUGCUAGGAAAUUUGAUAAAAAAAGGAACCUGAUAUUCUCUUCUUUUCAUCCGGAUGUAUGCUUGAUGUUGAGAUACAAGCAGAAUCGUUAUCCCGUGUUUUUAUGCUUCGACAACAAUCCAAGUAACGAUCCAUUUUUCAAAGAUGCAAGGACGAAAAACUUGAGUUUCGCCAUAAAUUAUUGUUUGGGGAAUGGAUUAGCGGGCUUAAGUUUAAACUGUAAAACUUUGCUGAAAGAACCAGAAAUAACAGAUAUGGCUCGUGAACUUAAUUUAAUAAUCCUUGUAUGGGGCUCAGAAGCAUCAGACCGCAAUAUCAGAGAGACACUCAAAAAAAUGGGAGUUAAUGGCAUCAUAUAUGAUAGAAAUUAGCAUAUUAACCCUUUCAUUUACAAUAGGCCAAAAUAUAACCCACAUACAAGAUUUAACCUUUUAAUGUAUACAUUUCAUUUUUACAUAUGCUUAAAACAUUAUAUUUUUUAGAAAAUAAAUGUUUAUUUAACAUUUUUUUAAAAAAAAUCUUUUUUAAUUCGCCAUAGUAAAAUUUUUAUAACCAUAUUUUUCCAAACGGAUAUUUUAAAAAAUUCAUAUUUUUAAAAGUUAUUCAAUUUAUUAUUGUAAUAUUUGCCAUGAAUAGUCAAGAUAAUUUUGAUGAAGUCAUUGUGAAAAGCGUUUUUUACUUUUUUAAAACACAUAAUUUCAUGUUAAUUUUGUUUGUUUAGUAAAAGUCAUAGCGCGAUCAUCAUGUAUUUUAUUUUGUAAGAUCUAUUUUUAAUUAUAAAAUUUAUUUUUCAUAAAAUAAUUUUCCCGAGGCCGCAGCGCCGCCAAUCCGCCCCUGCCUCUACUCUUAUAUUUUAUAUGCAUGCUUUUAGUAAUUCAUUAACUUCAUCAAUUGUUUCUUUAUAGUAAUUUAAAUAGUUUUACAUAUAUAAAAUAAAAUAUUUUAAUAUUA